AGAGAGAGAGAGAGAGAGAGAGAGAGAGAGAUCAUUUACGGUAAACCUCCCAUCAAUUUAUUUAAUUAAUACUGUUCAAAGUGACAAGACAUUGAAAAGGACAUCAUGGAUAUACUGGGCAUUGUGGACAUCAAUGGUUGGAUUUUACUCAUCGUUUUUCUACUGCCUGCUGUUUACCUACACUUAAAAUGGAAGUUUGGGUUCUGGCGUCGUCUUGGUGUUCCUUGUCCGAGUUAUGUCCCUUACUUCGGAGCGAUAAUGGAGAUCCGGAAAAUGGGAAUGUAUGGAUUGGACACGAAGCAGGUGAAGACUUACGGCAAAGUUGUUGGAACCUAUAUGGGAGGUUCCCCAUCCCUCCUGAUAGCAGACCCGGAUAUCAUAAAGACCAUAUUGGUGAAAGACUUUUCCAAGGCUCCAAACAGAUAUGAAUUUUUUAAGAAUAAAAGUGAAUUGCAACAUGGCUUGACCGUUGUGGAAGAUGACCACUGGAAAUUUAUGAGAAAUACACUUCUACCUACAUUUUCAAGUGGAAAAAUGAGAAAAAUGGAUUCACUAUUGCGAAAAAAAUACGAGUUGUUAUUGAGGGUUUUGAAAAAAGAGGCCGACGAAGGAAACACUAUUGAAUUUAAAGAGGUGUUCGGUAGAUACACCAUGGAUGUUAUAGCUUCACUUGGAUUUGGGAUGGAUACUGAUUCUCAAACAAACCCCGAGAAUACAUUUGUGAAAUAUGCCAAAGAAUUGUUCAAUUUUAAAUUUACUCCUCUCAUGUUUUUCAUACUAAUAUUUCCAAAAUUAGACGUGGUAUUCAACUACUUCAACAUAUCGCCGCUGAAUAAUAGAAGACUCAUGAACUUUUUCAAAUCGGCAGUGCAUCAGGCCAUUGAAAUGAGAGAUGAAGGAGAUAAGAACAGAAAUGAUUUGCUACAACUGAUGCUAAAUGCCCACAAGGACACGGAUAAAAACGAGAUAGAGGAUGAACACAGCUACGAAGGAGACCCCCAAAAGUGGAAAAAACGAGGUUUGACUGAAGAUGAGGUGACUGGGAACGCGAUACUCUUUCUACUCGCGGGUUUUGACACAACAGCCAGCACCAUGACAUUCAUGUCGUACUGUUUGGCAACCAAUCCAGAAAUUCAGGAAAAACUUAUUGACGAAAUCGAUUCUGUUUUAGGAAACGAGCUGCCUACAUAUGACAAUGUAUUGAAGGUUGACUACCUGGAUUGGGUAUUCAGUGAGACACUGAGAUUCUAUCCUCCUGCCGUAAGAUUAAAUCGAAAAAGCAAGACGGAGAUAGACAUAGCUGGUUAUAAGAUUCCUAAGGAUGUGGACCUGUCGUUUGCGAUUUAUGCAGUACAUAGAGACCCUGAAUACUGGCCGGACCCCGACAAAUUUGACCCAGAAAGAUUUUCUCCUGAAAACAAAGGUAACCAUCAUCCGUACGCUUACCUUCCCUUUGGCCACGGACCCAGAAACUGUAUAGGACAACGUCUCGCCGCCAUGGAGGCUAAAUGUGCCAUUGUAUACAUUCUUCAACACUAUCGUUUUGUCACUUGUGACGAAACAGAGACACCAUUACAGUUGAGUAAAAGAUUCUUACUAAAACCUCUUAAUGGGGUCAAGCUGAAACUAGAGGAAAGAUUUUAACAGUGAAAAAAUAUAUCACUAUUUGUAACUUAAUAGUAAACUGUGAACUGUUUGAAUCAUUUUGAAAAUGAGUGUAAUAAACAUAUCUCAGUGUA